UUGCAUAUAAAUACGAAACACAAUCUACAUCACAACUGUUUCAACUAAGAAGCGCCAACGAUGACUUUUCGACUUAUUUUAGUCUUCGCGACAUUAUUUUUCGCGUCGAUUGUUUUUACAGGUCCAGUUAAUGAAAAUUCAAGAGAUAUUGAACUAAAUAUAAAACACCUAGAGAACGUAGCAUGUACAUUACAAGUACAGCCCGGACACUGUAUGGCGUAUUUUCGUAGGUAUUAUUACGACAUUGAAAAGGACGAGUGUCUUGAAUUUGUUUACGGCGGCUGUGGUGGAAACGAAAAUAACUUUGAUACGAUAUCCUCAUGCAUAGAAACUUGCAGUGUUAACAAAAUCAAGUAGUAUAUAAUAAGACAGUGAAACGAUACAUAGAUGACAAAUACACACAUUUUUUUAAAACUGAUA